UUAAACUUUUAGUUUCAAAAUCAUCUUUUCCGCGAGCAGUCGAAAUAUUCAAAAUGUGCAAAAUAAAAAUCAACGCAACUGUUUUCUUAAUAAUACUUCAAAUAUUCUUUGUGGCAGCUGCUGCCUUUGAAGAGACGUGUGAAUUCGAUGGACAAAUGGAAGAACAGUGCCGCAUGCAUAACUAUAAAACAGUAAAACCUUUGCUUGAUUAUUUUAGGCAAGUUCGAAAUGAGUUAGAAGUCAGUGAAAUUAAGGAAAAUCAUCUAAAUGAAUUAAAUUCUGAUCUUAUGGAAAAGUAUCAUGAAAUUGUGAGAAUUCAUGAAAAAUUCAUGAAUGAGGCAGCUCUAUUAGAUGAGUAUAAAAACAAAGUAAUGAAAGUGGAAAACGAUUUGCAAUCGUGUCAAAAUAAAGUUCAUAAAUUUGAAUCUGAUAUGAAUUCACAACAAAAUAUUAUUGUGAAAUUAAAAGGAGAAUUAGCUGAUAAAUCCACCAACUUAGAAAACUGCGAACUUCAAUUCAAAAAUCUUAAUUCUAGCUUAAUUGAAAAAGAUGAAAAAAUUAAGAGAUUUAGUGAGAAUAUUCAAGAUAUCACAGAACAUCAGAAAACACUUGAGUUGAAACUAGAAAAGAGUAAAUCUAAAUUAAUAAAUCAAGAUAAAGAUAUUCAGUUAUGCCAAUCUGAAAUUGAUACAUUGAACAGGACAUCAGAAAAUAUCAGAGAACAACAGAAAAAAUUUGAAUUGCAACUAAAAGAGAGUGAAGCUAAGCUAAUAGAUAAAGUGAAAGAAAAUCAGCUAUGUCGAACUGAAAUUAAUACAUUGAAUAAGACUUUACCCAAUACUUUUAUCCCAUCAAGUUGCUUUCCUUUUGGAGAUUAUCCUGGUGUUCAUCAACUCAAUGUCUCUGGCAUAGGUUUAUUCGAUGUUUUAUGCGAUAGUCAGUUAGCUGGACCUGGAUGGAUUGUAAUACAACAACGAGUUGGGGGAAAUGAGAGUUUCUAUAGAAAUUGGGCAACGUAUCGCAAAGGUUUCGGCUCCCUUGAGAGUGAUUUCUUCCUCGGACUCGAGAAAAUACAUCGUAUCACGAGUUUGCAGCGUCACGAACUGUAUAUACAUUUGGUUGAUGUGGAUGAACAUGUUUAUUUCUUUCGAUAUGACGACUUCAAAAUAUCUGAUGAAGAUAGUGGGUAUGCACUGAGUUUGGGUAAAUUCAAUGGAAGUAUUAUUGAGGAUAGGUUGAGAUUCUACAAAAACACGAAAUUCACAACAUUCGAUCGCUACAACAACAUUGGUGGACGUAUUUGCGCAAACUCGCAGCGUAGUGGCUGGUGGUACCAUGACUGUAUUUAUUGUAAUUUAAAUGCACCAUAUGGGCCAAAUCUACAUUGGUUGGGCUCUACAAUGAGCGAUAUGAAACUAAAAGAAGUUAAGAUGCUAAUUCGUCCCGAAAGAAGCGAUGAAGAAGUGAGCAACUAAAGAGCUGAAAUUCAAAUAUUUAACUCAAUUAUGUAAUUAUGUACAUAUAAUUGGUGCUUAAAGAAUUUGCUUUUCGAAUAAUAAAACGAUCGACUGUUUAAUGCAGCGAUUUAUUUUUGAAUGGAAAUAGAUCGAUUUUUAUUAAAUCCUAUGAUUUGAUGCAUCAUAUUGUAAGUCUAUAGUUGCUUUCAAUAGAGCUGCAAAUUCUUAUAAGUAAGUAAACUUAUGAUUGUCCUGUAUAUAUCACUUCAAUCGAACCUUGAAUAUUAAAGUAAUGUAAUAAAUGAUCUACACAUAUUCGUUUUCUAUCUAAACAUCCAAUAAACAGAUUAAAUUAAUAAACACGUUGAUGUAGCAGCUUUUAAUCAAUUCAAUUAAAUUUCCAUUAAAUUAUAUUAUCAUGAAGCCUCUCGCUCAGAGAUGAUCAUUAGACAAUAUUGUAAGAGACUAUCUUUUAUCAUAAAUGAAACAUUCGAUUGCUUUUAUAUUAACACAGAUUAAAUGUUUAGAGCCGAUUUAUUUGUAGAUUUAAGAGCAUUUUUCAGUUCCAUAUUAUUCUUGCUUGAGUUCAGUCGAAAGAAUCGCAACAGGCAGAAUAAUAAUAAAUGCAGUUUUGUUAGUAAUGGUACAUAAAAUAUUUGUUGUUGACACAACAACGAGUUGGGGGAAAGAUAGUUUCAAUAGGGAUUGGGU